AUGGCAGCCCUGUUUGCGAAACCUGUUAGGCUCUCGCUUACUAAUUUUGUUAUUUUCUUAAAUUUGUUAUGCUUAACCGCCACAGCUUCCACCAUCGAAAGACCAAGGAGUUUUGCAACAAAACUCAUUCAUCGCGAUUCGGCUUUGUCUCCUUACUACAACCCUAAUGCAACCAUCAAAGACCAUGCUAUGCAUACGUUGAAAACCUCCAUGGCACGCUUAGCAUACUUGGGAGCAAAGUCUAAUGUUUUUGUGACAGACGAUACUCGUGCCGGGCUUGUUGCUGAGGACAAUGGAGCACAAUUCAUGGCAAGUUUCUCAAUCGGUGAGCCACUAGUUCCACAGCUCUUGACCAUAGACACAGGCAGCAACUUAUUGUGGGUUCAAUGCCUUCCUUGCACCAAGUGUUUUGAACAAACCUCUCCAAUUUUUGACCCUUCCAAGUCCUCAACAUACACCACAUUACAAUGCAACUCUCCCUAUUGCACCAUUUCCCCUAGUGACAAAUGUGACCCCUCAAACAAUUGCAAGUUCUCUCACAAGUACCUUGAUGGCACUGAUGUAGCCGGACUUCUUGGGACUGAAAAGGUCACCUUGGACACGUCCGACGAAGGCAUUAGCCCUGUCGCGAAUGUGGUUUUUGGUUGUGCCCAUGACAAUGAUGGUUACAAUGGCCAACCUAGUGGAAUACUUGGUCUUGGACCUUCAAACAUAUCUUUGGCAACCCAAUUGGGGUCAAAAUUUUCUUAUUGCAUUGGUAACAUGAAGGAUCCUAAGUACCCUCAUAACCAACUAAUCUUAGGCGAUGGUGCAAAGAUAGAAGGCCUUUCAACUCCACUUGAAGUCUACAAUGACCUCUACUAUUUGACCUUAGAGGGCAUCAGCCUCUCCGAAAGGAGGCUCGAAAUUGAUCCAGAAAUUUUCAAAAGAACACCAUCAGGCACUGGUGGAACAGUCAUUGAUUCUGGGACAACAUUAAGCUUCCUAGCCAAAGGUGCAUAUGAUGUGCUUAGAGCUGAAGUGCAAAAGUUGAUGGAUGGGAAGUUGGAAAAAGUAGAAGAGCCUGAUAUUCCUUCAGCUUUAUGCUACAAGGGGAUUAUAAGCCAGGACCUUGUUGGGUUUCCAGAUGUUGUCUUGAACUUUGCAGAUGGGGCUGAGUUGGGUUUGGACAUUGAGAGCCUUUUCCAAGAGUAUGGCCAGAAUGAGCUUUGUAUGGCUUUGCAAGAGUCUCCUGUUGGCAAUGACUUGAAUGUUGUUGGAAUUAUGGCUCAGCAAUUUUAUAAUGUUGCCUAUGAUCUUGCUGCAAACAAGGUUUAUUUUCAGAGGAUUGAUUGUGAACUUCUUGAUGACUGA